AUGAUCAAUAGUACGUCUUUUGGUCACUCGCCUACGAUCUCGAUUAGAAGCGGGUCAAACACAGUAGUAGAAGGCAAGAAGAAGCAUGGAGUGUUUGGCUUCAAGGCAAAGGACAAUGACCGCCCGAAAAGUUCGCAUGGGUCCCCCCUUCAACUAUCGCCUCUGCCUCCGCUUACCCCAGUGAAAGCUGCGCAGUUUCUGGGUGUCGAAUGCGGCGCUGUGAGGACUCGAAGCGGGUCACUGGGCAGUCGAGUUCAGGAUGUUUAUGAGUUCAACGGUCUGCUGGUACGAUCAAUUCCGGAGGACAAAAACUCUUCGACUCGACUGACCGAUCCUCAGGACUCUGCGAGCGAAAAGACUGAGUUCAUAGAGGAGGAUGUUGUCUCAGGACCAGUAACAUCCAAGUGCCUUUGGGCAGCCGGUAACAAGAAAGCGCAGCGGAUGUUUGGCAUAGCCUCAUCGCGUGGAUCUAGCAUCAAGCGUAGAGCUGAGCCAGAGCGUCACUUCACUGAGACGCCAGCGAUUUAUUCAAAGAAGGGAAAUCGAGUUGACUACAGCAGUGAGCCUGAUGUCCAUGCCCGCGCUCCUGCAAAGCCUCGAAAACGUCGUACGUGCAAGAAGGCCCCUAAAUCACUCGAUCGGAUGACGCCUAUCACGGAAAUAUCGUGUGACGAACUGCGUUCUUCCUAUCACGAUUCUGAACACAAUCCUGAGUUGGAACUCAUCUCGGAGUAUGAACGCGAUCCUUCAUACAGUAAUAGCCUACCGCAACGACCACCAACUCCGUUACCGCUCACGGUUAAUACCAGUUAUGAGUUGGAGGAAGAAGAUCUCUCACCGGUGGAUGCCAAUUCAGGAAAACAGGCUGUUGCUGGAGUAGAAGAAUCUGCACAAUAUUCCGAUCGCGAAGUUGGCGUCAACAAACCUAAGCCAGAGCCGUUGACAGUCAUAUACCUACACGGUCCUUUACAGUAUUUUGAGGACCGCCUUCUCGAUGUGACUGAAGCUCAUCUUGCGGCUCAGAAGAUGAAGAAUGACAUCAAUGAUGCUGCAAGAGUCUACCUGGAUGACAAAGGCUGUUGUUUGAGAGCCUCCCACAAAGCGAUGAAGAAGGAAUUUGUGGCGGUAAGGCCGAAUGUGCUCGUUGAGGAUUCUGACAACGACACAGAGUCUGCAAGCGACGAUGGCAAAAAACUAGUCUCUAUUCGUGGCAGUAUUGAUUUGGAAGAAGAUCCAAUCGUUGAUUUGGUCGAAUUGAUGACCUGCACACACAUCACCGCAAGUGUGAGGAAGCUUGUCGAUGUUCAACCCAAGAAGCCAAAGCCAACCACUCCGUCCAAAGGCCAGCCUACGCUCAAUCCGUCAAGCGGAGUAAAUUCACCCUUGAAGUCGACGUAUAUCUUCCAGCAUGACGAGAAAGCCAGUCCAUUCAAGGAACUCAUCUGCAACGUAAGCCCCACCCUCAAACGCAUCUAUCACCCAGCUAAACUCCCCAAACAGAUUCGUAGAACAAAAAAGAGCAGGAAUCUCUGCAACGAUUCCCGCAUCCUAGUCCAAAACUGGAUCUCCACAAACGACCACACCAAACAACGCCCCUUGUCUGACCGCCUCGACAUGGACGUCCUAUCCGACCAGCAAAUCCCGCCUGCUCCCUUCCCCAAAGAUAAUACUAGCAGUGUCUCUAUCACCAACUCCCCUCGAUCUCCGAGGAAAUCAUCAAAAGAAGACUAUUGCCUCCGAAACGGCCACAUCCUCCACCCAAUCAAACUCCCAUCUAUCCCCGACGAAGCCGCCAUCAACGCCCUUGAAGUCCGACCUCAUCUGCGCACCCACUCCAGGCGUAAGAUGCGCGUCCAUAUUCCGGUGUUUUGUGAUCGGUGCGGCGAGGAUGUGCGCGAGGAGCUGUGGGGGUGCGAUCUUGCGGCUUGUCGCAUGGUGGUGUGUAAGGGAUGUUCGGCGGAUAUGGAGGCGGAGUGGAUGGAAAGGGUGUGUGGGGGGGUGUGA